ACUUAAUAAAUUCAGUUUUUUUGUAGAUAUCCUGCGUAAAGACGUAAUGGCUGUAACAAAGUCCAUUGCAUUUGCUAUCAUUCUUCUUCUGCCACUUGCUAUUGCUGAUGUGCAAGUAAUAAAUGGGAAGAUAAAAAUAACAACUUUAACAGGAUCAUUUUGUCCCCAUACAGUCGACUUUGUAUCACAACAAUUGGCGCCAGCUUAUGAAGAAUUUGGAGAAUUCUUAGACAUAGAAUUCAUACCUUGGGGAAGAGCGACACUGAACGCAGAUGGAACUGUCACUUGCAAUUCUGGAACUAACGACUGUUGGGCUAACAGACUUCACAGGUGUGUCAUAGAUUUGUUACAAGAUGAUCAAGCUGCCCAAAUGAGAUUCAUGAAUUGUGAGUUUACUGAGCGCACAGCCUUUUUACAUGGUAGUUACGCUUGUGUUCAAGAUAUUGGUUUAAAUAUUGUAACAGUGGAUUAUUGUGUGAAUAACCCUCGUCGAGACAACUUGGACGCUGAUGCUGCCGCUUCAUCUGCUGAAAUAUUGGCAACACUUAAUGCCGUGCCAGCUAUUAUCUUUAAUGAUAAUAUUGAUGAGUCCGUGGCAUUAUAUACCGAUGCUAGAAAUAGACUUUCAAGCCUGAUAUGCUUUGCACUGGCCGAAGUUCCCGAGACUAAUGUAACUGGAUGUACUUUGAUGUAAUUCGAGGGAAUAUAUUAGGAUGUUCACUUUUAAGUAUACAUAUUGUUUUACUCACAA